CGACGACUCCACCUAAUGUCGAUAAUUCUUUUCUCAUUUCUUCCAAGAAAUUUCACGUGACCAGAAUACACAAAGCCGGUUAUAACAAGAUUUACGAAUUUAGACGUUCAAAAAGUUUCUUUUUUGAGAUUGUUGAUCACCAUUUGGACACCAAUCAACUUCAUUUACGGAUACACACAAAUGAUUAUCUCAUGUCAACUACCCCUAUUAAGUAUCAUUCCACAAGUGCACUACCGAACGCCAAAUAUCAAAUUAGCAAAGGUCUUCAGCAUUUUUUUUCCUCACAAAGAGUUAUUCCACGUCGUAUUCAACAUAAAUAUUUUGAUAUGAUACGUCAAAAAUUAUUAGAUAGAAUCACGUUUAUCAAGUCACGUGAGAAUAAAAUCAACAAUAGGAACGCAACAACGAAAACUUUUUUCAAUUUCUCAUACAAAAGAUAUAGAUUUCAUUUUGGUAUCUUUAUCCCUUGCGACCAUAUGAUUGAGGCAAAUGGCUUAUCUAUUCCACCUCGACCUUGUGAGGUUCCUUGUCCUAUAGUUAUGUCUAAUAAUAGAUAUGGAUGUGGCUUACAUUUUUUCAAAAAAUACACAGCUGCAAUAGCUUUUGUACGAAAUGAACAUGGUGAAUUUACACUUAAAAAUCAACAUCAAAAUAAACAAUUCCAUGCUAAUUUGACAUUUGACCGAUGGAUAAAAAAAGAAUCGAAAUCGAUAUUCUCUUCAAGAACGGGCAUCUCUCAUAACUCAAGAUAUAUUGUCUGCAAUUCAAAUCAUAAAUCCAGACCUGGACGUACUCACAUUUAUCACAAACUUAUGAAUAACUUCCAAAUAACUCCAAGUCCAAAUCUGAGGACAGCUAGAAAACAAAAAAUCAGAUAUGAACGUUCUUGUCGUCGUAUCUUAUCACAAGAAGUUAUUAAACCAGGCGCCAUCUCCAGUACAUCAACGAAACUGGCUGCGGCUAAAAAAGGGCGAUUCCUUUUUUUACCAUCUCAAAAAUUUACGACUCCUCUUAAACACUUACGUUAUAAGAAAACUGUUGAUAUCCCCAAACAAAAGGAUUAUAAUUUUACUAUUCCACAUUAUUUCAGUACUAAUACGAAUGUGACUAGCCGACCAAUGGCUACAAAAAAUAUUUCCAUUGCCACAGCUACGACUUCAGCUUUGGUCUCUAACGACAAAUUAGUAUAUACGGUCACUCCUUAUAAUCCUGUCCCGGACAUGUUUAUUCCUAUCAAAUAUCGGGAUAUAAUACCGCCUGAUUCUAUUUAUGAUAAUUUUGGUUCUUUUAUUGUCCCUGGGUCUAGGGAAUGGUUUACUUAUAUGUAUCAAUUGGAUUUAGAUACCCAUGAUGAACGCCUUAGAAAAGCAGAUGAUGCUAAAUUUGCCGCUAGAAUUGAUGAACUUAAUGCCGCUUCUGAGGCUUCUAAACUUAGUUAUCAACAGUAUUUAGAAGAACGUUCAAAGGAAAUAACCGAUCUGAUAAUACAAGAAGAUAUUAGAAUACAAAAUUUAGCCAGAUACCACGGCACUAAUCCUAAACACGUUAAAUAUCGACAACGUCAAGCGUCUGAUUAUACUAGGUGGAACAAUACUUAUCAUAAUAGUAUGAUAAAUCCCCAACGUAUUACCUCUUCCAACAAAAAGAAAAGCAAAAAGAAGAAACUCUUACAAUCGGAAAUGGAUUCUUUUCUCAUUAACUACCCUAACGUAUCACUUUCUUUUAGUUUAAAGUGUGAUACCACACGAUCAAGGUUCGAUUAUAAGGAUAAUAUACUCCCUACUGAACCAUACACGUCUGAUGACACCAAGGAAAUUGAAACCCGUCCUUCAAAGCGUGAUGAUCAUAAUUUUGAUAAUAACUCCAGGUCUCAUGGUACUUCUAAACGCUCCCGUCUAAAUACUUCUCUAGCUCUUGAUUCUGAGCAGGCGGGAUCGUCUAAAUAA